AUGCAGGAUCUCUACAGAUGGGCUUCAUUCGCUAAGACUUUAGGCGCAAAAUCUGAUAAUUUGGACUCAGAGCUACAAUGCCUCCAAACUCUUACUCAGUCAAUCGAGCAGCAAAUAGAUGACUCAAGAAAGCGUAUAGAAAGGCUUAUUAUGACUGACGAAAUCACUGAGCUUGACUUCCAAGCACAGAAUUCGCAUAUACACCUUAUGGCAAAAAUACUUUAUAGGAAGAGAAGGCAAAUCGUGCUCAAGAUCACAAAUCAAUGUAUUGAGCAUCUCAGAAUUGCACGAUUUAGAAUAAAUCCGCAAAAAUACGAAAUAAUUAGAAGGGUUUGCUGGGAGAUUAAAGAACAAAUAGAAAUAGAAAAAGAAACACCAAAAACAAUGACUGAAAAUAUAAAUUUCGCAAGAUUGAAGAAAAAGGUUGAUCUCGCUUUGAGGGACUUGAAGAUCGUGCCAGAAACUAAAAUUGGCUGCAUCAACACAAUCAAUGAAAUCAUUGCACAAAUAUAA